AUGAGGAAGCAUUUCACCAACAACAAAGAACUCAUCCGUCCAACAGUGACGCGCUUUGCUACUGCAUUUUUGACACCUCAAAGAAUCUACAAACAAAAGCGAGGCCUCCAAUCUAUGUUCUCUUUGGAGAUGUGGUGCACUUCUACAUAUGCAAAAAUGCAUGAAGGUAUAAGGACUCACUCAAUUGUUUCAUUUGACCAACUUUUUUGGCCUCACGCGGCUUAUGUUAUCAAGAGUGUUGCCCCUCUUGUGUAUGCUCUAAGGGAAGUUGAUUCUGAAGAAAGACCAGCCAUGGGGUUUAUCUAUGAGUUGAUGGAUUCGGUGAAGGGAAAAAUUGCUGCAAAUUUUUCUAGAAAUGCCCAGAAGUAUGGACCCAUUUGGAGAAAAAUAAAUGAUAGAUGGACUCCACAACUUCAUCACCCUUUACAUGUUGUGGGAUAUUAUCUACAUCUCCAAUUGCGUUAUAAGGAGAACUUCUUUGAUUGUGAAGAAGUGAAGAAAGGAUUAUUUGAAUGCAUUGAUAGAAUGUUGAGAUAUGAAGCGAGGCUAGUUGCAGACACCCAACUGGAUUUGUUUGAUAAUACACGAGGGGAAUUUGGGACUCGAGUGGCCAUUGACUCUAGAAUGUUGAGAAGCCCCAAUAAGAAUAAUUCUUCAAUAAAAAUUAAUUCAUAUGAAAAAAGGAAUAGAUUAGAGCACAAAAGAUUGAAUGUUCUAGUUUAUGUGAAGUACAACACCAAACUAAGGGAGAGAGCUCUAAGAAGACAAAAUUACGAUCCAAUAUUGGUGAAGGAAGUAGCUUCAGAUGAUGAGUGGAUCACCGAGAAGGAAGAACCUGUCCUCCCAAAAGAUACUACUUGGUUUGAUGAUGAAAAUCUCUUUGAAGUUGAUACUAGUAGAGCUUUGCCCAUGGUAACUUUUGAAGUAGAUGAUGCCCAAGCAACACAAACUUCUAGUAGCUCGCAUUCUAUAAUUCCUAGCAGAAUAAAGAUUAGUGAUUAUUAUGAGAACUUGAGCACUCAAGACAAAGGCAAAAGGCCAACAUUGGUCACAAUUGAGGAAGACGAUGAUGUUGAGGGGGGAAAAGGGGAAUUUUAA